UCUGCAAUCCGAGAUGGCGCCUCAUAUAUGAGCGCGGAUCUCCGCUCUCAACUUACAUGCAACAUUCCGGAAAGAUUUGCGUGGUUGGCGGUACAGAGCUUGCUCGCACCAUUGCCCAUAGGAGACGGCGGAAAUCCCUCCCGCGCUCAGCCUGCUCAGGUGUCUGUUGCGCGUGUGGGCAUCACCGAGUAUCGAUACAGCCGUUCGCCAGGAUGGCCUGCCGAAGUCACUCAGCCAAUCAGCUUCGAACGAUACCGCACAUGCUGCCAUCACAUCGUAUAGCAACUCAAUUGCCCUUGCCGUUUGCACCACACGACACUGAACUGUGGAUUCAAUUCGAACUGUCGUCGUCGUGCGUACACAUGAGGCACUUGUGCUCCGUCCGUGUUUCUCGCACAGCCCACAUCACCAAGACCCACCCGAUCCCGCCAUUAGGCGUUGAGAAUCGUUGAAAUCGCAUGCGCUACUAUGCUGUGACGAAGAAAACGUCAGCUCGG